GAAUUCCCGUCGCUGGAAUCUGCUCAGAGAACCUGAGUUCUUGCAUAGUUCUUGUUUGGCUGCAAAUGUACAGCAUGAAAUUUACUACCAACGGUGAAGUUUGAAUUUAACAUUGAGUAUCGCACCAUUUGACCUGUUAUAGCUUACAGUUUUAAGUCAUGAAUUCUUUAAUACCUAGUUUUGUCGUUGGUGGUAUCCUUGUACUGGUGUCAUAUAAUUUAAAUAUUGUGCAGAAUAGUUAUCAACCUAUUCUGGAUUUUCUAAGUAUUAAAAAGAGAAGAGACACUUUUGAAUUAGCAUCAAUCAAUUUGACUGAAGCUGAAGAAAACUUUGAUAAAGUGUCACAAGAGUUAGUGACUGCCUUUCAGGAUGUGGGUUUUGCAUAUUUGGUUAAUGUUAAAGGUUUCGACCCAGAUGAACUGUUGUAUUGGACCAAAUGGUUUUUUAACCAACCUUUGGAAAAUAAAAUGGGACUAGCGAGACAUGCCUUUAAUAAAAGGAACACUAAUCAUUAUCGAGGAUAUUAUCCACUAAUUCCAGGAGGGAAUUCAUUUAAAGAAGCAUAUGAACUAGGAAUGUUUGAGCGUGAAGUUAUUGAUAGGAGAAUCCCUUCCCCAACAGAAAUAAUGAAUCUAACAAAGACGGCUGAUGGUCGUUUAUAUAUGCGUAACGUUUUGCAGGAAAAAAAUGUAUGGCCAAUUACUGAAGAUAGUACAAGUGACACAAAAUUCAUCGAAGUGAUGCAAAAGUUUCAUGCUUUUAACGUACAAAUUGGUAAAAAACUUGUACAUCUUUUAGCACAUGGAUUUGGUUUUAAAAAAAAUAGAUUUGAUCAUUUGUUUGAACCAGCCACUCUUUCUACUCUGCGAUUAAUACAUUAUCCAACCAGAGUUCAUGAUCCAAGUAGUAUUCCAGAAGAAGCAUGGGAUGGGGACAAACCUAUUGUGACCGGGGAACAUUUUGACAGUACAAUGAUAACUAUUCUUGCUACGUUUAGUAACAGUGGUUUACAGAUUAAACCUAAAGGAUUCACUGAGUGGCUUGAUGUUCCAGCUAUCAAAGAUCGAUUAGUAGUGAAUAUUGGUGCUUUGUUGGCUCAUAUGUUGGAUGGAAAAGCUGUAGCGACCAACCACAGAGUUCUUGACAUAGGCACAGAUCGAUAUUCUGCACUUUUGUUUUAUGAGCCCUGUUUUGAUGCCAACUUAUCAAAGUCUUUUUUUGGUAAUAAAAAUAUGCUGGUGGGAAAAUUUACUAAAUAUGGACCAUGGAUGACAAAUCGCACAUCAAUGUUUGCUGAAUCUGCAUCAACUGAUUUUGGUGUGGCAGAUUAACUAGAUGUUAAUAAUAUAUAUAUAUAUAUAAUGCACUUUCCCCAAAAAAAUAUUAAAACAGGGAAAGUUGACCUAUACUAUGUGCUAGCUUUGAAGACCUUUUUAGUAAUGUAUUUUAUAUAAUUCCCCUAUAUCCUAUUUCUACCUCAACCAAAUUUUUAGUCCAUUAUAAGCUUGAGUUAUAAAGAGUUCUUGCCUACUAAAAUCAACAAACAUGCUAAAAAGACGUUAAUGCACACAGUUAUGUAAAACGGAAAGAAGACUCCCCUGGGCAAAAACGGGACCAUUUUAUCUAAUCACAUUGAGGCAAUGCUUAAGUUUUAACUUUCUAUCUGAAAUAUAGCAUAACAUGAGCAUGAUCUAAGCCUAAUUUUGUUUUUCCCAUAAGCAUAUCUCACCCUGAUUUCGAAUUCUUAAUAGUUUAUAAAUAGAAACGUGUAAUGGAAAAGUACAGAAAACUAAAAAUAUAUUUCAAAUUCUUUACAAUUUAGCAUGAUGGAAACCUCAAAUAGUUUCUGGAAAAAUAUAAAAAAGAAUGACCUAGAAAGCCCUGGUGCUGCCAAAUUUUUCUGUAAUCAGUGUGUAAUAAAAAAAAAGGUUUGUUGAAUUACUCCUAUGUUCACAAAUUUUGCAAUUAAGUUUAAAAUUUUGGUGAAAUAGCGGGGUGAUUUUUUAAUUCAAAUUGUCUUAUCGGAAUUCUUCGUCAAAAAGUUAGGUUUUUUUUGUGUGAAAUUUAUUGUGUCCUUUCUAUGAAAGUUCUUUUUAUUUUGGAAAAUUAGGGGCGUUUUUUGGAUUACAUUCUUCAUAUACAGAAAAUUAUUAAAAAAGGCGAUGCCGUAAAAGAAUAUAACGUAUGCCCAACGCCCAAAACCAGAGAUCAGAAGCCAAGUGGUGUCUAAUUUCUCUGCAACGGACAGACAUUUUAAAUGUGCAUGCUCAGAAGAUUUUCCGCUCAUUUCCUUCAUCAUUCAGCAAAAAAUUUCCUUGAAGUAGUGCAAGCCAACCCCUGGGUGUAAUUGUUUACGAAAAGUUUAGCCUAAGGUGGGAAGAUGGAGAAAAACAGACCUGCAAACAGGGGGCCUCAGAGAUCCCGCCUCAGUGGCAUUUUUUUAGUCAAAAAUGCUUUGCGUUAUGUAAAAAAAUACAGCCCGCCAGGGAUCUCAGUUAAGAAGGCUGUUUUUUUUUAUAUAAACGCAAUUUCUAAAUUCAGCCGUGUGGCUGACCGGUUAAAGUUAUUUUAUUUGCAAAAAGCAUUAUUUGUUCUAUAUGAAAAUGCCAAAAUAUUGAAGUUGAAAUAAACUCUGAAUUUCUAAACCUUAAAAACUAUUGGUGAAAAUAAUGUUAUAUGCAUAGAACAUAAUAAAUAUAAAAAACUUUAUACAAAACAAGCAUUAUUAGCUCUCAAGGAUUACAUAUUUUUGAGGAAUCCUUGUAAUUUAAAUUUACUGUAAAAGUACAUAAACAAACUUUCGUGACUUUUUUCAGCCCUCCCAACCGGGGCAGCUCGUCUAACCAGGGCAGCUCGCCUCACAUAUGAUGAGCAGCCCCUAUACACCAGUACGAAGCUGACAAACAACAUACUGCAGUUUUUAUCUGUUUCAGCAUGCUGUUUUUUCCAAGGGUUGCCCCUUCUCGAAACUCCUUAUUAACUCUCCUUAAAACACCUCAGUUGUAAUUUUACAACCGGUUGUCUGUUUUUAAAAGAUGCAUUGAAAUGCUUCAAUUGUACAACAAUAAUUUGCUCUUCACCCAUGGCAUCAAAUCAUUGUUUUAAGACAAAAAUC